AUGGAGCACAUCAAGCAGACAUUUGCCAAGUGCAAGGAGCAGAAGCGGGCGGCCCUGGUGGCCUACGUUACCGCUGGAUACCCCACCGCAGAAGAGGCUGUUGAUAUUAUGCUGGGCCUGGAGAAUGGUGGUGCUGACAUCAUCGAACUUGGAAUCCCCUUCACCGACCCCAUUGCCGACGGUCCUACUAUCCAAAAAGCCAACACCAAGGCUCUUGAGAAUGGUGUUACUGUCACAUCGGUGCUGGAGAUGGUCCGCACUGCUCGUCGCCGUGGCUUGAAGACUCCUGUUAUGCUUAUGGGCUACUAUAACCCUGUUCUGCGUUACGGCGAUGAGCGUAUGCUCAAGGAUUGCAAGGAGGCCGGCGUCAAUGGCUUCAUCAUGGUUGAUCUUCCUCCUGAGGAGGCUGUUCGCUUCCGUGACCUCUGCGCCAGCUACGGACUCUCAUAUGUCCCUCUUAUCGCACCCGCCACUUCAGACUCUCGCAUGAAGCUUCUCUGCAAGAUCGCCGAUUCCUUCAUCUACGUCGUCUCUCGCAUGGGUGUCACCGGUGCUACCGGCAAUCUGAGUGCCAACAUCCCCGAACUCCUCGCCCGUGUCCACGAAUACUCCGGAAACGUUCCUGCCGCUCUUGGGUUUGGUGUCAGCACCCGUGAGCACUUCCUGUCUGUCCAGGAAACCGCCGAGGGUUGUGUUAUUGGUAGUCAGAUCAUCACUGUCAUUGGCCAAGCUCCCCCUGGCCAGGCUGCCAAGGCCGCAGAGGAAUACCUUACCAGUGUUACUGGUCGCAGACUCGAGCGUGAUGCACAGGGUACUCUGACCCACGAAGUCAAGGUCCUCGAGGCCAUCGAGAAGGCCCUGCCAACUGGCGAGGCUGCCCCCACCAAGGUUAUCACCGAGGCCGACACUCCUGCUGGCCCCGGUCUGGGUGACCAACUGGAGGCUCUGAAUGUCACCAAGGAUCCCUCAUCUCAGCCUUCUCGUUUCGGCGAGUUCGGCGGUCAAUACGUCCCAGAGUCCCUGAUGGAUUGUUUGGCUGAGCUCGAGCGUGGUUUCGACCAGGCAAACAAUGACCCCGAGUUCUGGAAGGAAUUCCGCUCUUACUACCCUUACAUGAGCCGCCCCAGCAGCCUCCACCUUGCUCAGCGCCUGACUGACCACGUUGGUGGUGCUAACAUCUGGCUUAAACGUGAGGAUCUCAACCACACUGGUAGCCACAAGAUCAAUAACGCCCUUGGGCAGAUCCUUAUUGCUCGUCGCUUGGGUAAGACCCGCAUCAUUGCCGAGACUGGUGCUGGACAGCACGGCGUUGCCACUGCUACCGUCUGUGCCAAGUUCGGCAUGGCAUGCACUGUAUACAUGGGUGCCGAGGAUGUGCGUCGUCAGGCUCUGAAUGUCUUCCGCAUGAAGCUUCUUGGUGCCUCAGUUGUUGCUGUUGACGCUGGCAGCCGUACCCUGCGUGAUGCUGUCAACGAGGCCCUCCGCGCCUGGGUUGUUGAGCUUGACACCACCCACUAUAUUAUCGGUUCUGCUAUCGGCCCCCACCCCUUCCCCACCAUUGUCCGUACUUUCCAGUCCGUGAUUGGCAAUGAGACCAAGGAGCAGAUGAUGGCUGAGAUUGGCAAGCUCCCUGACGCUGUCGUUGCUUGCGUUGGUGGCGGUAGCAAUGCUGUCGGCAUGUUCUACCCCUUCUCCAACGACCCCAGUGUGAAGCUUGUUGGUGUUGAGGCCGGCGGUGAUGGUGUGGAUACCGCCCGUCACUCCGCUACUCUCUCAGGAGGUUCCAAGGGUGUCCUUCACGGUGUGCGUACCUACGUCCUGCAGAACGAGCACGGGCAGAUCUCUGAGACCCACUCUAUCUCGGCUGGUCUGGACUACCCCGGUGUUGGUCCUGAGCUAAGUGCCUGGAAGGAUGCCAACCGUGCCACUUUCAUGGUUGCCGAUGACGCCCAGGCUCUGUCUGGAUUCCGCGCUCUUUCCCAGCACGAGGGUAUCAUCCCCGCCCUCGAGUCUUCCCACGCCGUCUACGGUGUUAUGGAGCUUGCCAAGUCUAUGAAGAAGGGUGAGAACAUCGUUCUCAACCUGAGUGGCCGUGGUGACAAGGAUGUCCAGAGUGUCGCCGAUGAGCUUCCCAACCUGGGCCCCAAGAUUGGCUGGGACCUGCGUUUCUGA